CGCGCUUGUUUACCUGCAAAUUCCCACUUGGGUGGAUCCUUAUUUCUGUAGUUGUUGUAGUUGACGGGUCAUAUAAGCAGUUACGCUGACAGAAAGAGACGUUCCGUCUGUGAUUUUUUAAAAUUAGCUGCAAGUUAGACACAUAUAUGUAUGUAGGCUAUGUAUGUAUGUAUGUGCCGCGUAUCACAUAUACCAAUUAGCAUCGGGGUUUUAUUAUACGAUACUAUUUGCUAGCUACUAAUGCCCUGUAUUUAUUGCGAGAUUUUGUAAUUGGAUGCACAGCCUCCUUAAUCUGGGCGACCACACGGGUAUCGCCAUAAUCCGCAUUUGCCUUUAUACAUAUACAGAUUUCAUCUGAAGGGUAAAUGCGAUGCUUUAACCCAUUUGGCGAAUAAUGGAUUAUCGGCGGAAGAAGAAGCUAACGUUUUUUACUAUUGGGUUAAUCUUUCUUCUUAGUGGAAUUGAAUAUGUUCCAGGAUGACAAAUGUCACCUUCCUUACCAUCUUCCCUCUGUCAUAAUCUAUUUGCAGUCUGCACACUUGCAGCUUGGUUUCAUGGUGUACCAGGAAUGAAUUGUUUUUAGUUUCUCGUAAGAGUGUCAGUAAGUCUAUUGUUUUUCUUCUGGCCAUUGGUUGCAACAAAAUGAAUGUCUUCCUGUCUACAACAAAAGCUGUAAUUUUGCCAACGAUAUGGAGGUAUCUUCAAAUUCUUGGAGCUCCACCGUAUUUCCUGGGACUGAGCCUGUCUGCGUUCAGUUUGAGCGGGCUGCUCGCGGGUCCCUUUUUUGGCCAGUUGUCAGACAGGACUCGCACUACCAAGAACAUCAUUCUGUUUGCAAAUCUCUUCGAGGUUGUGGGUAACUUCAUGUAUUUCAUGAAUUUCGAUAAGUGGCUCCUGCUGUCCAGUCGACUCGUGGCAGGUAUCGGGACCGGUGCUGGCGCCUCCAUUUUUGGAUACCUGACCCGUAGUACGGCCCCUGAAGAUCGUAGCACAGUGUUUGCAGCAGUCAUGGCCUGCCGGCAAGCUGGCCUCCUUAUUGGUCCGGCUUGCAACAUAUUUUUGAGGUUGUGUAACUUCCAGCUUGGACCCUUUGUUGUAAAUAAGUUCACUGCACCAGGGCUCUUCAUGUGCCUGCUGUGGAUCCUUCUUCAGCUGGUAGUGCUGUUAAUGUACUGGGACCUGCCACCUGAGAAUUCUGGGUCCUGUAUCACCAGGGAUGUGGACGAUGUGGAAGAGGACAGAGAAAAGGAGCCCCUGGUGGGCGCUGAAGAGCCAUCUGAAUCUUACGGCACUGUUUCCCCGGGCCCAUCAGAACCUGUUCCCAAUGGUAGUCUUCCUCACAGUUCCCCACCCUCUUCACAUUCGGAGUUGCCUAGUCGGUCUAAUCCCUUCAGGAACUUCAGUGCCAGCAGAGAAUUCUUAAGGGAGGAAGUAGUGGUUCUGCUCACGGCCCAGUUCAUUACACUGUUCAACCAAACCACACUAGAGACCAUGGUGACUCCUCUGACCCAGAAGUACUUCAACUUUGGCGAGCUGGAGAACAGUGUCAUGUACUUUGCAUGUGGGGUGGAGGUGAUCGCUGGGUUCUUCUUGGUCCGCUGGCUUAGCCCCCGUGUGGGUGACCGCGCGGUCCUGGCCGUGGGGCUGAUUGUUGGAAACAUCUCCUGUGUGUGGUGCCUUAUUUUUUUGACCAACCCCCAGGGUGGGUUCCAGUGGCAGUUGACAGAGUUCAUAAUCGGAGUGUUCCUGCAGGUUCUAGGGUUACCUUUUGUUGCGGUUGCCCAGGUGUCUCUCUUCUCAAAGGUGACUGCAGAGAAGACACAAGGAUUCAGUCAGGGUAUCCGUCGUUCUGUUGGGGGACUGGCCACCAUCCUAGGUCCCCUUUGGGCUGGGGGACUUACAGAGAACCUCUAUGUCAUGCUGGGAGUUAUGAUGGUCCUACUCAUGCUGCUGACAAUCAUGAUGGUUUUUUCCUACAACCGCUUGGUAGAACCAAGCAUUGCACAGAAUGCAGACAGGUCAGAGGUUUCUGGGUAGAACUGUUCCCUUCCGUAUGGGAAAAGCAAAGAGGUGUUUGAGUUGCCCUAAACAACACAAAACUCCCUGAAGAGAUUUGGAUACGUGGAUCUGGAUUGGACGAGCAGAUGGGAUGGAUUUAGAUGGGACCUUGAAGCAGUUUUGUUAAUAUAAUAUUGUGAAAAUAUGUAAUAUGUCAUUAUUGCACAAAAAGAGCCCAAAUUAUUAAGUAGCAUGUGCCAAACCUUUAUUGUAACAUUUUCUGAAUGAAUCAGAACAAUAAAAUAAGUAACACAUCCAGAUCCAAUAGACUUAUCCCAUAGAUACAUGAAAUAUGCAAAUGCCAUGUAAUAAUUAAAACAUAGGUUGCUACAGUAAGUGGGCUAGUGUAAAUGCACUACAAAUUCAGUACGUUCCUCAUGAAGACCUCUUCUUUUACCUUUUCUGGUAAAAUGUUUCUAGUUGUUAUCAACUGUGCAUUAUGUUCCAUUUCUUUGGUAUAAACAUGAUUUGUCAAAAUCAAUUUUAUAAUUUUCUAGCUUACAACACUAACAUAAAAAUAACAUAGUAAAAUAAACAUAUGACUGGUUUUUAAUACAAAAAGGUAUUAAAAUGACCUUAUUGGUG